AUGGUUACGGAUGACGACAGUGAAGAAGAGACAUCCGAUGACGGAGCAGAAGAGUCUUCAAAGCACAAGAAGUCAGAGCCUUUGCCUGACAAGUCUUCUGAAGCAGAGAUCGACGAUUCUCAGCCAAAGGGCCAUGAUCAGAACGCCAAGCAGAAAGGCAAGGCCACGAUUCUCGACAGCGAAGUCGAGGGCGAGAGGUCUUUUCUGGCGAACCUCAAACUCCCAACGAAUAUCGAACACAAUAAAAUCAAGCAAAAAGUUACGAAGCACAACAGACACACCAAAUACCCUACAAGCCAUGAAGUGGGAAAGGGUAGAGGCGGUUCUUCCCAGACGGGAAUCAAGUCCUCAUUUUUCCGCGCAGGCCACCAGAAUAUCCAGCGCAAGCGUGGUGGGAAGCGUGAUAGAGACCCAUAUAAUUACCAUUAUGGAUCUACAGAAGAAAGCGCAGACGAGGCAUCCGGUGCAGAGAUAAACGCCUCUUCUUCACGUGAAAGCCAUGAUAGACUCAAGCGCAAGCGAUCCGAGAAGCCCAGUAGACUGGCUGAUGUUUCCGAUAACGAUAGUGGCAGGGAGGAAGAAUUCGAACACCGAACUGCUCGAGCAUAUAUCAAGUCCACUUCAGUUAAGAACAGGUCUCAGACUGAGAAAUCGCAAAAAACCGUGACAAGCCCAAUGGGCUCACUGACGGGUGCACCGAAAGUCAAGACGAAGUCCCAGACCCGGAACCGCAAGAAGCUUGACAAAACCAAUGAACUUGCUGAAUCCCCAGAUAAAGACCUCGUUAGAGGAGCUAUGGAUGGCCUUACUCUGGAAGAAGAUGCAUCGAAGGAAGAUGACCGUGCCGUGAGGACCACAGAGGAUGAUGAAAGGGGUGACUCUAUGUACGAGGAAGAUAAGGACCCAGAGGAACCCGAAUAA